GCGAAUCACAAACCAGGGUGUCUUCGAUACACGUGACCUGACAUCGAUCAGCCGCCGAUGGUGGUUUUUGAAUUCAGAUUCCGAUUCCGAUCGCGGUUUUUCACACUCCGUCAGCCGAUCGCGGCAGCGAGGCAUUGAGUUUCUUCUUCCACGAACUGUCAUCUCGGCGGCCCCCCUCUGCCCCAUUGUGGAUCUGGGCCUCCUCCAGAAUCCUCGCUUGGUCUCUGAAUCUGAAUCGUGCUGGCGAUAUACAUUACAAGACACUGCUUCCUGCGGCACCACUGUUCGUGCGUGCAGAUCGUUUGACGGCUCGGUCCUUGGUUGACGAUGGUCGUCCGGGGCCUUACUAGUUGCGAUUGCUAUUUUUGGCGAUCCGUCUCCCAGCCCCUCGCUCCCUCAAGCGCUCAGCCGUCCAUCAAAAUACAACUCGUUGUGAUUAGCUGUCUGGCUUCUGCAUAUCCCCGGUUUGCAAGUGACUCGGGACUCGCUUGGCCCUGCAGAUCGACCACGGGAGCAGUAGAGCAACCCUCGGCCCAGAGCUCACGUACCCGGCCUCUGACUACGCUUGCUGCUGCAGCAGUCUAGUACGGCGCUGUGUGACCGGACGCGCGGUUUUUCCUCUUCUUCUUCUUCUUCUUAUCGCUCUCUCCGGCGUCUGAUCUCGUAUUACGACGACGCCACGGGAAUUUCGGGAGCAUCGAGAUUACCGCAUCCGGACCUUUCAAACGACGCACAGGAAGGAUGUGUGUCGCGUUCUGGACUUUGGAGCACCCAGAGUACGCACUAAUCCUCUGUGCCAACCGCGACGAGUACCUGGCGCGGCCGGCCCUCGACGCCACCUUCCACCGCGCAUUCGGCGCGGCUGCAGACGCUGCGGCCCCGGAGAUCCUAUCGGGCAUCGACGUGCAGGCGGGCGGGACCUGGCUCGGGCUCAACGCAGGCACCGCGCGCCUCGCGCUUCUCACCAACAUCACCGAGCCGCUGCAGAAGCGCGCGUCCUCGCGCGGGGCGCUGGCGCCGGCGUUCCUCGCCGCGCACCCGGGCACGGCUCCCGACGCGCUGUUCCCGCCCGGCGGCCAGUUCGCGGGGUUCAACCUCCUGCUGCUCGAGGGCUCGUGGGGGCCUGCUUCAGAGGAUGGGCUGGGGUCGGGGUCGGGGUCGGGUUCGGCGUUGGCGUUCGACGGCGCGUGGAUCGUCAGCAAUUCCGGUGCCGGCGGGCCUGUGCGCUGCCGUGCACUGCGGACCGACGAGCGUGCCAUUGGCGGGAUGUCGAAUGGGAUCCACGUCGCAACCGCCGAUAACGAUAAUGAUGAUGAUGGCGCCAGCUGGCCAAAGGUCCUCGCCGGCAAAGAGCUGCUCGCCCGCAUCGCCGCGGCCCCGACACCGCCGCCGUCCGACGGGUCCGACCCCGACACCGCCCUCGCCGAACAGCUGUUCUCCCUCCUCUGCACGACCGCGCCCGCGCCGAUCCGCGCGCGGCAGGAGCUGCGGCGCACGAUCUGCGUGCACCCUGUCGACGUCAGCGCAGGCGAGAAGGCGUAUGCACCUGUCGGUGGGAAGCACGAAGCACACGGCGGUCUGGGCCCUGCUCCUGCUCCGCCGCUGCCGGUCUUCUACGGGACGCGCACGGCGACCGUCGUGCUCGUGCGCCGCGACGGGUCCGCGCUGUUCGUCGAGCGCGAUGUGUGGCGGAUCGCGGGCGAGGGCGCGGCGGCGCGGCCUGUGCGGGCCCCGCCGGGCUCGCAGCGGGCGUUCCGGGUGGACGUUGGCACGGCGCUUCCCCGUCCCGGCCACGGUUAAAUUUAGUGGCUGUGAAUAGCUGAUAUCGAGGGAUAUUGCUAUUCCUAGUCGCAGUCCUUCUCACUCUCUCCAUCUCUAUCAUCAAUGUAAUGUAAUGCAAUAGACACGCGCCUGGGAAGCGAAAGGAACGGACGGACGGGGCUGCAUGGCUCCGUUGCACCAAUGGUUGCCGACACCGCGAGGGUGCGCGCGGAGGCUCCAUGCGCGCGGAAGCACGCGACGCCUUCGCCAUCAGAACCACCCACCGUGCACUCGACGGCGCGGCAUGGCACGGCUGACAGGCGCGAGUUCCCCGCCCCUCCACAUGCACCCCCCCCGAACCACACACUGCUCCCGACCCCCCGUGCAGUGCACCGCGUGUGACUCAGCCCUAAAAGUAGCAAAAUUCACUUCGCGAAUAAAUCGACUUAAGGCAGAAUUCGGGAGGGGGCUGCGCGGUGGCCCGCGCGGCCCGGCCCCGUCCGCCCGGAAUUCUUAAUUAACGGAACAAUAUGUGGGGAAGGAAUGGAACUGCGAGUCGCUUAGAGACUGCCGG